AUGCCUUUUUUCUUAUUGAUGGAAAAGCCGCAGCAAAAUCAACAACAAAAACAGAAAAUUGAGGUUCCCAGUGCGUGUUUGAGGAGGCUAGCCUUAUUGCAAGGCACAGCGUUUGCGUACAUACCGUCCAUUCAAGUGUUCAUGAUGUUACCCGAAUACAAGUGCACCGCAUCAGAGGUCGAUUUCGUGCCGAUGGAAGAUUACGAAAAUAAACUCACUAUUAUUCAAGGAUGUCUGAUAGCAUCGUCACUGAUUCCGAUUGUAAUCGGCCUAACCGGUAUCGUUGGAGUGCUAACCAAAUUCAUCGGUCCAAUUACUGUUUCACCGUUAAUGCUUCUGCUUGUUCUCUCAUCAGUUGAUCUUUGCGUUGAGCGAAUCUCUAAGCAUUGGGUUGCUGUCAUGUGA